GUCGCGUGAGUGUGGAGGAGUCUCGUUCUGAACGUUGUCGUCGGUCUAAACAUUUAAUAAUGUCUGGAACUAUUUUUAAAUCUUCAGUUACAAUAAGCACGAAAACGAACAACAUGGAAAAUUCAAUUUCAAUUAAAUCGACUAUACGGCAAAGAGAUUUAUGAUCAGAGGCACUUUCGCGUUCAUCCUACAAGAAAAUGGACGCGAAACCGAAGGGAAUUCUUGUCGAUCACAAAAUCCCUUCGGUCGAUACGGAUCAGGAAUACUUGGAACAAUACCAAUGCAAAAUAGCGGAUUAUCAAAAACGGCAACUACUCCCUCUGCAAGAAGAUCUAGCUGAUUGGAUAAACAAAUCUCUCGGAAUUGAUUGGUUGAGCGCGGCUAACCUUUUAGACAUGUUGGACAACGGCGUUGUCUUAUGCCGUUUGGCCAAGACAAUCGAGUGUUUCGCCCAGGAUUGCAUACUCACAGGACACUACAAAGGCGAUUUACCAACGAUAUCUUCCCGUUGUUUCGAGUCGGCUGCGCGGCAAAGUUUUUUCUCCAGAGACAACACCGAAAAGUUCAUACAAUUUUGUCGCCGUUUGGGCGUGCAUCAACACUUGUUAUUCGAAAGCGACGAUUUAGUUUUGCAAAACAAACCGCGGAAUGUCGUUUUGUGUUUAAUGGAAGUGUCCCGGUUGGCAUCGCGUUUCGGCCUAGAACCACCCGGCCUGGUGCAGAUGGAAAAGGAAAUCGACGCCGAAGAAGCCAGAGUACAGCAGCACAUUGCCGCCAACGACAGCAGCCAAACCAACCGUCCAAGUUCAGCGCAGAACGUUAAACACCACAGAAGCUCCACGAGCGCCAUACCGAUGGCUAUCAAGUCGAUGAACAAGCUAAGAAGAACCGAGAGUCUGGGAGCUGCUUCCAUGGCCACGUUGAGAUCCGAAUCGGACACCACCGACGAAGACUACUACACCAUCGACGGCGGCAAUAACAACAACCUAAGCGAACUCGAUUUCAAAGUGAAACAAGCCAGCCGACUGGCCCUGACCUAUUGUCGUUGUGAAGGAGGCAAAAAGCUCAAGUUGAAGAAAAUCGGCGAAGGCCGUUACAGCGUACACGGCCGAAACGUUUUCAUAAGGUUACUCAAAGGAACUCACAUGAUGGUACGCGUCGGAGGCGGAUGGGACACUCUGGAGAAUUUCUUAAUCCGGCACGACCCGUGUCAGACGCCGGGCCGUCCGGCUGUAAGAAAUUCAUCGCCUACUACCCGGACACCGUCUCCGGCUCCACCCAACAACAGCCGGGUGCAGUCGCCUUCACAGCGUCGAUCGUCCAUACCCAGAUACUUGGGCCCCAAGUUUAAUUCACCGAACGCCUUUAAGACGCUACCCGAAUCCGCACUUUUAGCACGCUAAAUUGUACCUAUAUGUGGUUUUUCUGCUUUAUAUUAUAUAAUAAAUAUAUUUAUGUUUUUUUUUAUUAAACAUUAUAUGUUCAAUAUUUAGUUAAAUUGAGAUAUACUAUUAUUAUUUUAUUUUUUUAUACGAAACACAUUAUAUAUUU